CUGUGCCGUACUCGGCUACACGGCUUUAUCAGGACAUUUUUUAAGUUUUUAGUAUAAAUGGUUGAUGAUUGUGUGUAACUCAGAGUAUUCGUGUGUUAUGCGUUCAUAAAUGUACAGAGCGAAGUCAUGAUCUCGGACAAAGGCAGAGCCAUCUUACGGGUGGCUUGGUGCGUGCUGGCCGCGGCUCACACAAUCUCCGCCGGGAUAUCGUGCCUCAGCAACCCUUGCCUACACGGCAUCUGUAUCGAUGACAUCAAUAGCACGUACUCUUGCUACUGCGUGGAUGGCUACACUGGUGUCCAGUGCCAAACCAACUGGGACGAGUGCUGGUCCAGCCCUUGCCAGAAUGGUGGCACCUGCAUCGACGGCAUCGCGUCAUACAACUGUUCGUGUCCCGAUGGUUUUAUUGGUGACAACUGCGAGACCAACUUCAACGAAUGCGAGUCGAACCCUUGCAUGAACAACGGCACUUGCAUCGACAUGACCAACGGUUACGUCUGCUCUUGCGUGCCUGGUUUCUCUGGCCAGCACUGCGAGAUGGAUGUGGCUGUAUGCAACUCCUCGGAGGAGGUCAGGUGUUACAACGGCGGGCAGUGUAUAGAGGGACCAGGGUUCAAGUUUUACUGCAAGUGUAUGGCAGGAUGGGCCGGUCCAAAAUGUGAAGAUCAAAUAGACGAGUGCGAGUCUAACCCUUGCCAAAACGGAGGAGUUUGCAUCGAUGUUCACGCUGAUUACAUGUGCGCUUGUGCAUUCGGUUACACUGGAAAAAGCUGCGAGGUUCAGAUUGAGUUCUGCGAUGAGAACUCAUGCAGCAACGAGGCACUUUGUGUCGUAGAGGAUGGCAUGAGGGUCUGCUACUGCGUGCCUGACUACCACGGCGAGCGCUGUGAGCUGCAGUACGAUGAAUGCUUGCUGGGACCCAGAUGUAUGAAUGGAGGUACCUGCAUUGAUGGCGUUGACAACUUCACUUGCUCCUGCCCACCCAGACUCACUGGAACUUUGUGCGAAUGUCUUAUUCUCGAUGACGGAACAUACGAUUGCGAAUACGUCAGUCCAACACCCCUGCCUGAAAUUACCCAGUCAAUCAUUCUAACUACGUAUGAAGAUCUUUUAACAACCGACUCUUCAGUUAUCUACACCAUCGGACACAAUGACUCUAAACCAAGAAAUAUAACUAUGUUCGAAGAAACUGAACUGUCAACUUUAUCAACAUCACCUGGAAUAACAACUACAACGGAAACAUCAAUGGACACUACUUCUGAAACAACAGUCACGAAAGAAACUACUCACGAAGAAACAACACCUAUUUUUACUGUAGAUUAUACGUCGGUGAAAGAAAUCACAUCAAUGACGUCAUUUACUCAAGGAAUGGAUUCUAAGACUGAAGCUACAACUGAAUGUAAAGAGUCUUGUACCAAACCUACAGAAUAUACAGCAAAGGUUCCCACUAUUGAUGAAGCUAUUUCAUCAGCAAUGACUACAGAACCUACGAAAGCAGAUUCUAAACUUACUACUACAACAGAAACAACUGAACUAACAACAAUUACUACAACUACUGAAGCUGUUUCUACAACAACAGAAACGCCUAUGAAAGAAAUUACAGCAGAAGUAACUACCACGCCUAAAGGAGAUACGACAACUGAGAAAAUGUUCACGGAUACGCCGACUGAACAUGUUCAGACGGAUUAUCCAACUCCAAUAGUGUAUACUACUACUGAAGCGAUGGAAGUGGUGACAGGGUUUGAUAACUCAACAUACGGGUUUACAACGGUACAAUCAGAGUGCAGUGACACUGUUUGCAAUAAUCAUGGCACUUGUAUCAACACUCCACAUGGCAUUCGAUGUCAUUGCACAUUCAACUACGGAGGAAGAUUUUGCGAUGAGAAAAUUGUAAUAACAUCGGCAGCUUUCGGUGGAGCUUCGUACAUCACUCAUAGUCUUCGCAAUGAUACCUCAAUAGUCAUAGAAUUCAAUGCCAAGACAUUGAUAACUGAAGGGCAAAUAAUGCACGUGGAUAUUGCAAAAGGCGUUUACAUGCAGCUAUUCAUGGUAUCGGGAUUGCUGAAGUUUAAAUUCUCUUGUGGCUACCAGACUAUGCUAUUGAGUGAGCUGAAAACGUUUGUGAAUAAGGGGUAUCUGAUGAAAAUUGAAACAAGGCUAGACUUGUACUUAAAAGAGCAACACUGCAACGCUACUUUACGACUCAAUGAUACGGUGGCAAUGAGUGGUGGUCAGGUGGCCAACAUUAGUUCUUUGAACAGUAACACCACUCUUUACUUGGGCAACAAUCCGGAUUUGAAGGACUCUGAUAAUAAGCCAUUCAUUGGGUGUAUUACGGACUUGAUAGUAAAUGGUGAAAGACGGGAGCUUUUCGGAGAAGCGGUCGAAGCAAGUGAAGUGAGCGAGUGCUCGUCUUUGGCGUGUUUGUCAGGACCGUGCCUCAAUGGAGGCUCCUGCAGCGACAGUGGAUCUGGCUAUACCUGCUCUUGCGCUAAUGGAUGGACCGGAGUCCACUGCAACGAGUCGGUGUGCGAGAACAACCCUUGCCAUGCGGGUGGCAGCUGCGUGCGGCAUCCUGGCAGUGGUUUCUUGUGCCUCUGCCCCUACGGCCGCCACGGCAUCUUCUGCGAGUACAAUGUGGAAAUAACCCGACCCUCCCUCUCCCCAAUAAGCACGGGGAUAUCGUCAUACCUCAUGUACCCGCUAUCCCCUUCGGCGAUCAACUCCGACCGCUUCGACCUGCGCCUGCGCUUCCAAACCUCGGAUAUGGAUCAGAUCGCGCUGCUAGCGUUUGUGGGGCAGGCGGGGAGACAUGACUCGAGGAGUCAGCACCUGGCUUUGACGUUUGUGAAGGGGUACAUUAUGCUGACGUGGAAUAUGGGGACCGGUCCCCGACGUGUAUUCACAUCCCGUGCCUUGAGCUUCCGUCGAGGAGGUCACACGGUGCGCGUUUUUCGGCGCGGGCGCACUGCCGGUCUUACUGUGGACGGUCGCCAUAACGUCAGCGGCAACGCGCCCGCGCACGACAAUAAGAUGACCACGCUGCCUUACAUAUUUAUUGGAGGGCAUCCAUCAGAAGGCUUUCGCGACCUGCCCCACGAUUUGCCCUUACACACCGGCUGGCGCGGCUGUGUCUGGGAAGUGGGCGGCCCAUCGGUGGGCGCGGGCAAGGCUUUGGGCGGGCGCGGCGUGGGCCAGUGCGGGGUCGCGCAGUGCACGGCCAAGUCUUGCCACGCUCCGAAUGGCGUGUGCAUACACUCGCCGGCCACUUAUGGAUGCAUCUGCAACGAGGGCUGGUUUGGCGCAACCUGCGCGUCUACAAGCAACCCGUGCGACCGCGCUGCGACGCCGUGCCGUGGCCGCUGCGUUGUUACUGCGGCGCAGGCGCACUGCGACUGUCCCUAUGGGAAGACUGGCACGCACUGCGAUCAAGAUCUGAUGCCCACCGACGUUCUUUUCACUGGCACGAGAUCAUACAUCCAACUCCACCCGCGCCCCAUAUCCAGUGUGGCCGUGUCUUUCGAGGCCGAAGUGAAGCCGUCAAGGGAACGAGGCCUGAUGGUCUUCGCAGAGACGCCCCACUUUUAUAGUGCAUUGUCCUUGCAAGGCGGCCUGCUGGAGUAUCGUUGGACUGAUCGUCUAUCAGGCGUGACCUCGUUGGUUCGCAGCGGGGUGGUCGUGUCUAUGUCUCAGUGGCACAGCGUGAAGGCUGGCCGCUACGGUAGCCGGCUCUACGUGUGGGUAGACGGGGCGAUCAGUACGGAAGCGAUGCUGGCUCAUGCCUACCCACAUACGGCUAGCAACGCUUCUGUUCUCUUAGGAGGAGCAAAAGAUCUAUCAGCGCUGCCCUUUGACGUGAUGUCAGGCCCUCCAGAAUCAUUCUCCGGCUGCAUCAGAAACCUUCACGUCAACAACAUACUCCUUCCCUUGGAGGAGCAAAACAUUCAAGAGGGCCAGAACGUCGCCGACUGCGACGGCACGUCCUGCGGGGGUGAAGUAUGCGGGGGCGGCACGUGCGUGGUAGAGCAGGGCCGGGCCCGCUGCGUGUGCGGGGGGCCCGCGGGCGGCGGGGGCCGCUGCCGACGACAUACAGGCUGCUCGCGGGCCACUUGUGGGCCCCCCGCGGGGCACUGCAGGAAGGGACAGUGCGUUUGUGCCGCUGGGUAUACGGGACUGCAGUGUGAUUCGAAAGUUAACGUAACAAUCCCACAAUUCACCGGCGAAUCUCUUUUAUCGCUGGGCCGUCGAACUCUACUGAACGAGCGAUAUUCGGGCGAGCAGAGGAUCGCGUCCACACUGUUUAGGCCAUCUUACCUCGCCCUGAAUUUCACCACGGCAGAACAAAGUGGACUGUUGCUGUGGGCCAUCAUGGACAACGACUAUUUAGGCAUCGGCUUAGAAAAUGGGUUCCUAAAAUUAGUAUGGUCAUUUAGCAACGACAACUAUACCCAUGAAAUGUUCACGGAAAAGAGCCUGAAAACUCCAGAACCUUCCAGACUGUUGACCAGAUUGGUUCCUCAUGCGGGUUUCCUGACUGACGGCGAGUGGCACUUGUUGGUUGUGAGACUAGAUAGGGAGAAUAUUACGCUGACUGUGGACCAGACGUUGGCGUAUGUGGAAGAGCCAGGGUUGAGGAAUGAGCUGGAUUAUGAGGAUGUCGAUGUUUUUAUAGGUGGUAUAAACGAAGAGGAGAGUUCUAUAGCAAAAAAAAUAUUCCCAGACAACUUCAAAGGCUGCAUCGACCAAAUAUCCACUAAGGAAGAAUUUUAUAUGAACAACUACACUGAUGUGUACAGCGAAAACGUCAAAUCGUGCCAACUAUUCCCGUUAUCAUAGUUCUUCGAAUAGGUAAGGUAUUAAUUAAGUUAAUAUUUACUAGAUCUUCUAUUAGUUAAUCAAUAUUAGAAGUAAGUUCUUAUUCCAAAGGGUGUCAGUCAGUAGCAAAUGUAAUAGGUAUGUAAAUUAUAUGUAAUACUCAUAGUACAAAACAUUUCUAGUCUUCUAAAUGGACCAAAGCUGUGUCUUAUUAUAUCUAGUUAUCGUUUUUAUUUAUUAAGUUUUUGUAUGUGGUAUGUAUCUUUGUAUUUUUUCAUUUAACGAACAUUUUGUACAUUACUCUAAAACUAUUGUGAACAAAAUUAUGAACUCGAAAGAAUGUUGUUGUUUUGUAGAAAGAAAAUUAAAGA